ACCGUUAAUAUUGACGUUUGAAUUUGACAUUUAUUUUGACAGCGUUAUGAACGAAGUAUUGAAAAUAAAGCUUGCGCCGCACGAAAUUGAUCAACUAACCCAAGAAGUUUCUUUAUACCUUAAUAAAAUACAAAUUAAACAAUAAGCUAUGGCGUCUGGAUUAGAGAAUUAUAUCAAUCAAACAGUGUCUGUGAUAACCGCCGAUGGCCGGAAUUUUAUUGGUACCUUGAAAGGGUUCGAUCAGACAAUAAACAUUAUAUUAGAUGAAUCCCACGAAAGAGUGUUUUCCACAUCAACUGGAGUGGCACAAGUUGUACUUGGACUUCAUAUCAUUCGAGGAGAUAAUAUAGCAAUCGUUGGACAGAUAGAUGAAUCCAUUGACAGCAGAUUAGACCUCGGUAACAUCAGAGCAGAACCCUUAGGAUCUAUUGUACAUUAGUGAUAAGUGUAAUAAAAUAUUUUUUCAAUUC